AAAAAGGAAGGUUAAAAUGAAAAUUCCGGCGCUCGUUAUAGUUUGCUAGGCGCUUGUGGUGAUUUUUUAAAGAAUUAAAGCUUGUUUUUGUCCCGAUUUUCGUUUAUUAAAUGCCAGAAAGUGCCCUCGUUUAGUAUUCCAGUAAGUGAAGCUCUGUGUUUUCAGCCAUGUCAAAUCCUUCGGCCGAUUCGGUAAAGGUAGCCGUCCGGGUGCGACCCUUGAACGGGCGCGAAAAAGAACGAGGCUGCCGAAUAGUGCUCCAUCAACCGAACCCGGGCGAGCCGCAGGUACAAAUAGGCAACGAGAUCAGUGGCAAGCCAGAGGCGUUCACCUUUAACUAUGUCUUUCCACCACAAGUGAGCCAGGAACAUCUGUACGAGUCGUCAGUACAGCCUUUGCUGGAGAAGUUGCUGAACGGCUACAAUGUGACUAUCCUAGCCUACGGACAGACCGGAUCCGGCAAAACCUUCACCAUGGGAACUAACUACGAUGGAGAGGAGAACGAAACCAUGGGUGUGAUCCCGCGUGCGAUAAACGAUAUCUUUGAUCGGGUAGAGGACAACGAUCAGUAUAUCACAACCAUCAGCUGUAGCUUCAUGGAGUUGUAUCAGGAGAAUUUGUAUGACUUGUUGUCGCCUAAAGGAUCUCGGGAGGAGCGAGUUGUUGAUAUCAGGGAGUCCAACAAUCAGAUAGUGAUUCCGGGACUAACAGAUGUGCCGAUUAAGUCGGCUGAAGAGGCUUUCGAGACUCUAAUGCGUGGUUCGGAAGGCCGGGCGGUUGCUUCAACGGCUAUGAAUGCGGUUUCCAGUCGAAGCCACGCCAUUUUUACCCUCAAUCUGACAAUGCGUUCAAAAGGCGAAAAACCAACGGUAAUCAAUAGCAAGUUUCAUUUGGUCGAUCUGGCGGGUUCCGAGCGUCCAAAGAAAACGCAAGCAACAGGUGAACGAUUCAAGGAAGGUGUCAAAAUUAACCAAGGGUUGCUGGUGUUAGGAAAUGUUAUUUCCGCUUUAGGAUCUUCCGGGGGACCACAGGGGCACGUGCCUUAUCGAGAAUCUAAGCUAACUCGAUUGCUUCAAGACUCGUUGGGCGGAAAUUCAUUGACUCUGAUGAUCGCCUGCGUCUCACCAGCGGAUUACAAUUGUGAGGAAACCAUCAACACCCUUCGAUACGCCAAUCGAGCCAAGAACAUUCGCAAUAAGCCGGUUGUCAACCAGGAUCCUAAUCAAGCUGAAAUCCGAAGAUUGAAUGCUAUCAUACAGGAUCUUCGGUUGGAAUUGUUGGCUGCGUGUGCUGGAAAGGAAAACGUUCCGGGAACUGCCAACCGUCCUUCAUCGGUGCCAACACAUCCUGGCGUAAUCCGGUCAAACAGUGACAACUCUCUCAUCAGCCCAAUCGAGGCGUCUCGUAGGCAGAAGGAAAUGACCGACAAAAUAAGAACACUUCAGAUGCAGCUUCAAACGGCUUUGCAAGAUUUGGCUAACGAUCAGUUGCGCUCAUUGUCGAUCGAAAAAAUCAUAGAAGAAAUCGAGGCUCUUCUGGCUGCAAGCCCGGAUUGUGAUUUAAAAUCUGGCAUUCGGGCCAUUCUCGAUAGCUACAAAGAGGAAACGGCUUCGAUUAAAACCGAAUUGCAAAUGUCAGAUUCUUCCAUGUUGCAAACGGCUACCGAAGAUUUCCAGAAUAGGUCGGACACUCACACCCAAAAGCAGAUAAAGAUAAGGGAUGAGUUGAGACAACUAAACAAAGAACUGGAGUUGAAGGAAGAGUUGCACCGAAAGUGUUUGGGUAAUAUAACGAAUAUGACUUUUACGGUUGAUGACAGCAGUUCUAACGAACGUUUAGAAGAGUACGAGUCGAAAAUAAAAGAAUUAGAACAACAGAUAGCCGAUUUGAAUGACCAACUCAAUACGACCAAGGUAGUAGACAAGAAAAGCAAACUGGCAGAGGAGCGCCGGAAAAAGGUUCAGCAGCUGGAGGGUGAACUUGCCGACCUGAGAAAGAAGAGCGCUCAACAAGCAAAGAUGCUGCAACUGAAAGAAAAGGACACCCAAAGGAUUGAAAAUCUGAGUAAAGAAAUUCAAUCCAUGAAAUCCACCAGGGUAAAGUUGGUAAAAGCCAUGCGAUCAGAAAGUGAAAAUUUCCGACAAUGGAAGCUAAACCGAGAAAAAGAAAUCUGUCAGUUAAAAGAAAAGGAUCGUAAAUUGAAGAACGAAAUGGUUCGACAGCAAAGGGUGCAUGACAAGCAGCAGAAUGUGCUCAAGCGAAAGGUUGAAGAAGCUGUAUCGGUGAACAAACGGUUGAAAGAUGCUCUGGAACGCCAGAAAAACGUUCAGGCCCAACGUGCAGCGAAGUUGCAAGGAAAACCGGUUCGAAGUGCAGAUGUCACAUCUUGGGUAGAUCACGAACUAGAGCUGAUUCGAUCUGUUAAAGAUGCUUCGGUUACUUUGAAUCAUUUAAUGGAUGAUCGUGCUUUGCUCAAUUCCAAGCUUCUUGAAAUGAAAGCCAACGCCGAUGAGCACAGCGAAGAGCAAAUCAAACAGCAGGAACACGACCUAGAGCUACGAAACGCACAGAUCGCUGACUUACAGCAAAGAAUUCUCUCUACAGAUGUCGAUUCCAAACAGAAAACAAUCUUGGAAGGCAUUCCGACUCUGGUUGAUGCAAAGUUGGUCCUCAAGAAGCUGAUCUCAGUAUUCAUAGAGUCCCAAGAAGAAACGGCCAAAAUGCGACACCAGUUGGUGGAAAGAAACUUAUCGGUUGAAUGUUUGGAAGAAACCGUUCGCCAACUGACGGCGGAAAAUGCCGAAAUCAAACAACGUUGCGUCGACGAAUCCAAUGAGGUGGCCAAAAUGUACGAAGAAAAACUGUCGCUGCUAUUGUUGUCCAAACAGAAAUAUGCACGACAAUCGCGGGAAGCUAGCAAUACUUGCGACUCCGUGCUGCAGGAAGCAAGCGAUCGAAUGGAGAAAAUGCGUCAGGAAUUGGAUUCGUUCAAGGAAGCCAAUCGCAUUUUACAAAAGCAGUUAGAUGAAAUGAAAACGAUGACUGUAAAACGUAAAACUCGAAAUAGCAACAAGAUGAUGUUCUCGCGGGAGGUGGAGAGUGAAUUUGAAGAUCUAGAAGACGAAGAAGACGAGGACCUUGAAGAAGAAGAUGGAUCUAAUGAUCCGGACUUCCGUCUUACGCCUCUUGGCAAAAUCAAGAAGAAGGAGGCGAAAAUGCGUGAGACGCUUAUCAGAAAGCAAUCCGGCGGAAUCGUUAAACGACGUGCUUCGGAACAACCCAAGGGCGAUGAUAGCACUUCUGUUAAUGAUUCCCACGAUAGUCAGCAGGCGUUGCACUGUAGUUGUGGCACUAUCUGUAGUACCAAACGGUGCGGUUGCAAAAAGGCGGGAGAAUUCUGCGGCGACUCUUGUCGCUGUCCACCGGGUUGCGUCAACAAGAAGUUGUCGGAUCGUUUGGACGAAGAAGACGAUGAGGAGGGUAAACCGAUGGAAGUGGACGAAGACAAACCAGCCGAUGACGAAAUAAAACCGGUGAAAUCGGAACCCAAUCAAGAGGGAGAAGAAGAGAAGGAAAACGUAACAUUGAAUAAACAUGCUGAUCGGUCACUGGAAAAGCGCAAAUCGCAGGACGACAGCGAUGGCAGUACCGAAAAUGUUUCACCCAAAAGAGCAAAACACGAUCCGUUCACACCAACUUAUGUGUACUCAGUCAAGAAAAGAAAACCUAUCCUGAGGGACUGAGGAAGUAAAUGGGCAUGCUGUAUUUGGAAUGCUUGAACGACUGAUUUUUUUUCCUGUUGACGAUCGAAAAAUUGGUCCGAUUGCAGGUAUUUUCAACUUAUUGACGAUUUAUAUUGUAUUCAAUUUUUUAUUAUUAUAUUAUACUAUUAAUGACCACGAAAAUCCACUUCUAUCAAACUUA